AUGCCAAGAAAGAGGGCACGUAAUCCUUUGAAGCGGAAGCAAGUGGAUUUUGACACUGCCCCCAGUGUUCUAAUUAACCCGAAAAAAGUCAGCAAGAAGAACAAAGCAGCUUCUAAGCCUACCCAAAAUGGAGACGAUAUGGAGGAUGAUAUGCCCAAAGAGUUUAAACGACUCAUGAACUGGUCAAAUAAGAAGCAAGGGAAAGUAGCAAAAGGAACAGAAGGCGAAGAAAGAGGUCGCUCUCGAACAAGAGAGAGUACGUCGUCAGUUGCGUCGAUUUCGAAUACUACCCCAGCGGCUGAUUUAAAAAUUUUGCCUGGUGAAAGAAUGUCAGACUUCUCUCGUAGAGUAAACGAGGCUUUACCACUUGUGAAAGCUCGUAAGGGGUCUCCUUCGAGAGCUGAUAAAAGGAAAGCCAGAAAGCGUGCCAAAGAUGAGGCUAACAGUAGGAAAAAGAAGGAUGAUGAUGACGAUGACGACAAUGAUGAAGACGAUGAAGACCAGAAACCAAAGAAAGGUAAAAGAGAGCCAUCACCUGAUCCUUGGGCUCAUCUCGAAUCUAAAAAGCCCAAAUUCGGAGACGUAGCUGAUCGACCACCUGAACUCAAUUUGCCUACAAAAUUGCUACGAAACGUCCCUAAAUCUGCCGGUUCUCUGGCAAGACGAGUGAUUCUGGAGGAAGAGCGUGAUAGAGUGAUUCAAAGUUAUAGAGCGCUAAUGGAGCAAAAGAGGGGUGGUGAUGUAUUAUGA